UUAGUGGAUUGUAGCCCCAAAUCCAAUUUUCACGACACUGUUUAAUUUUAAUGACAAAACAUGUCAAAUUUAACGAAAACAUCGGCGGCAUAAUUUGUUCGUCUUCAUGAAAAAAUGUCUUUGGAAGAUCCUUUCUUCGUCGUAAAAGAAGAGGUGGAGAAGGCUCUGCAAACGUCCAAGAAUCUUUACACACGAUGGUGCCAGUUGGCCGACCAACCCAGUCAGGUGUCUGUAGAGGAGUAUAACUGGACCACAAAUGAGCUGAGAAACAGCCUGCGCAGUAUUGACUGGGAUGUGGAGGACCUAGAGGAAACUGUCGGUAUUGUUGAAAAGAACCCCAAGAAGUUCAGAAUAGAAGUCAGUGAGUUGAAAGAGAGAAGAGACUUUAUAGAACGCACCAAAUCUGCCGUUAGGGAGAUGAAAUCUCAGAUGACCUCACCGCAAAUCCGAACUACUGAGGAUACAAAUGUCAGACAGUCCUUAUUGAACCCCAAAAGCCCCAGCAAGGUGUAUGACAAGUACUCAAGGCUGGACAUGGAGGCUGAAAGAUCACAUCAGAGUUUCAUCGACGACACAACACAACACCAACAGCUGAUUAUCAAGGAUCAAGACGAACAGUUGGACUUGAUUGGUUCCAGCGUAGGAGCACUCAAAAACAUGAGUCAUCAAAUAGGCAACGAACUGGAGGAGCAAAACAGGAUGUUGGAUGACUUUGGCCAUGAGAUGGAGGUGACAGAGUCCAGGAUGGACAACGUCAUGAAGAAGAUGGCAAAGGUGCUGCACAUGUCCUCAGACAAGCGUCAGUGCUGUGCCAUAGGAGUGUUGCUGGUGAUAUUGCUCAUUGUGAUCAUACUGCUAGUGGUGCUCUGAAUACCACAGACAGCGCCUGGGUCUUAUGGCACUUAGUGUUGUGAAGAGAAUGCCAGGGCUGCUGGUCCUGAUGAGUUAUCUUAAGAUCACUCUUUAGACAGGUGGAUCAAUACACUUAAAAUGCAUCUUAAGAUCAGUCUUGAGACAGGUGGAUCAAUACACUUAAAAUGCAUCUUAAGAUCACUCUUUAGACAGGUGGAUCAAUACACUUAAAAUGCAUCUUAAGAUCACUCUUUAGACAGGUGGAUCAAUACACUUAAAAUGCAUCUUAAGAUCACUCUUUAGACAGGUGGAUCAAUACACUUAAAAUACAUCUUAAGAUCAGUCUUGAGACAGGUGGAUCAAUACACUUAAAAUGCAUCUUAAGAUCACUCUUUAGACAGGUGGAUCAAUACACUUAAAAUGCAUCUUAAGAUCACUCUUUAGACAGGUGGAUCAAUACACUUAAAAUGCAUCUUAAGAUCACUCUUUAGACAGGUGGAUCAAUACACUUAAAAUGCAUCUUAAGAUCAGUCUUGAGACAGGUGGAUCAAUACUCUUAAAAUUCAUCUUAAGAUCACUCUUUAGACAGGUGGAUCAAUACACUUAAAAUGCAUCUUAAGAUCACUCUUUAGACAGGUGGAUCAAUACACUUAAAAUGCAUCUUAAGAUCACUCUUUAGACAGGUGGAUCAAUACACUUAAAAUGCAUCUUAAGAUCACUCUUUAGACAGGUGGAUCAAUACACUUAAAAUACAUCUUAAGAUCAGUCUUGAGACAGGUGGAUCAAUACUCUUAAAAUGCAUCUUAAGAUCACUCUUUAGACAGGUGGAUCAAUACACUUAAAAUGCAUCUUAAGAUCACUCUUUAGACAGGUGGAUCAAUACACUUAAAAUGCAUAUUAAGAUAAGUCUUGAGACAGGUGGAUCAAUACACAUAAAAUGCAUCUUUAGAUCAGUCUUGAGACAGGUGGAUCAAUACACUUCAAAUGCAUCAUAAGAUAAGUCUUAAGACAGGUGGAUCAAUACUCUUAAAAUACAUCUUAAGAUCAGUCUUUAGACAGGUGGAUAAAUACACUUAUAAUUUUAACAUCUUAAGAUCAAUUGUAAAACAUGUUGAUCAAUACACUAAAAAUGCAUAAUCGUCUUUUUAAAACAUUUAAAAUCAUCUUCUAACAUGACCUACACUCCAGGAGUGAAAUAACGUACUGCUCAAUUUUGUUUAUUACACGGGUGUUAUUACACUAGUUAUAUAACUGUGAAAUGACGUCAUUUACAAUGUUAAUAAACGGUGAAAAGAGCUCAGCAUUAAAUAAAAAGAAAAUGUGUUGGUCAUGUUAUAAAUAGAAUCUUAGAUUGUUGUCAUUUUGUAUUGAAUUUAUUAAACUCGUCAUCUAAAUAAAGAUAAAAACUCGGCUAUUUAGAUGACUCUUUUAAUAAAGUCAAUACAAAACGACAACUCAUGCAAGAUAUAUAUGUAAAAAAUAAUGCUGUAAACUUAGCUAGAUUAUUGAACUGUGUUAGCUAGCAUAAACUUUCAAAGGAGGAUCGAUUUAAUGUUUUUUUUUAUUUACAUAGAUUAGAUAAUGGCCUAAUAAUAAGUAAAUAGGUUUUUGUAACUUCUUUGAAUGCCAAAAAGUGCUAUCCCCAUUCACUGCAGAUUGGCAAAGGGUCUUGUUUGUUUUUUAAAGCUACCCUGCAGUGCAUCCUAAAUCUCUGAAUAAAGAAUGAUUCACAUCAACCAUGAGCACUUAAAAUAAUUGUUAACUAUGCAUAGAGCAGUACAGCAACUAUUGUUAAGUAUGCAAGUAAAAGGAUAGCACCUAUGUAUGUGAUAUGUCAUCAGAGUAAAAUCCUAUUGGAUUACACACCCAUAGUUGGCCAUAAAACAUGUGUUUGUUUAAACCCUUUACCUCAUAGAAACAACCCGAGAUGAAUUAGAAAAUCAAAUUAUAUUGAAGAACUUUAUUACUAAAGUCAAGUUUUAAAGGCUCCAUUUUCAACCCUUGGUACUGAUGUGCAGCAAACAGCAUAAAAGUUGAACAGACUGCGAGUUACUUGCAGGCAGUAUUGGUUUUAAUCUGUUUGCCAUUUUCACGUUGCUUCUGAGUGGGAAAGGGUUAAGUAACAUGGUUGAGAGAAAUUCUGGAAAUAUUAUUUAGCCCACCUGAGUUUUGUUACGGGUCUGUUUGCAAGAAAUCUGUGCAGGUGAAAAGAGACCAUUUGAAUAAAUGUUGUUUAGUA